GUUGACUUUUGCCAGCACUUUUUAUAUUGUCUAGUAAACAACAACAGACCACGUUGUUCUUCACCACGUGUAGACGGGGAUCACCUGCAUAAGUAGGGCCGUGACUCAGCCUUGGAAAUCUCACCAAGGCUGUAUAAAAACUCGAGGCGUCACGGAAAGGCCCACCACAUGACAGUGAAUAUAUCUGGAUCCAAGUGAAAAUAAUCGAUUUAUAAUCGGAGCAGCAUCUUUACAGUCUAUAUCUCAACUAUGGAAGAUUAUAAAUAUUUAUUUAAAGUAGUGUUGAUUGGUAAUGCUGGUGUAGGCAAAACUUGUCUUGUACGUAGAUUCACACAGGGUUUAUUUCCUCCUGGGCAAGGUGCUACCAUUGGGGUUGACUUCAUGAUAAAAACGGUUCAAAUCGGAGAUGACAAAGUUAAAUUGCAGAUAUGGGAUACUGCUGGCCAGGAAAGAUUCCGUUCAAUUACUCAAAGUUAUUAUCGUAGUGCUGACGCAUUAGUGGUGGUGUACGAUGUGACAUCGUUUGAAAGUUUCAGGUGUCUACCUGAUUGGAUCAAAGAAAUUGAACAAUAUGCUAGUAAUAAAGCCAUAACAGUCUUAGUAGGUAAUAAGACUGAUUUAAUUGAAGACAGAGAAGUUAGUUUAGAUAAUGGCACCAAUUUUGCAAGCACACACGAAAUGCGAUUUUUAGAAACGUCAGCAAAAGAAGCAGAUAAUGUGGACAAACUGUUUUUGGACAUCGCUGAAGAAUUAACGAAACGUAUGAGAUCGCAAUUUGUUCUCAAAACCAUACCGUAUCAGCAACAUACAACUGCUGUAGAUGGUAGACUGGUAUACUUUAGUUUAACCAUACUGUCCGAUAUCAUAGCAGGACUGUGGUUUAACGUUGUUGAUAAGUACAUUGCAGUUGUAUUUCACAAUACAUGUCCUGAUUUAGAAACAUCCUGUUUGCUAAUAUUUUAA